UUAAGUAAAUUUUUAGAAUAGGACAAAUAGUAAAAUACGUGCCAAAAGCCAAAGAUUUUAUUUAUUAGAGUACGAAAAGAUUAUAAUAUUAACUUUGAGAUCUCCCAUUCUGUAGUCAUCUUCCUUUUAAAAAUGAUAGUAGAUGCAUGGUUAGGGAAAACUGUGUACAACCACUGCCAAAUACUACUACUACUAUAUAGGAGUAUAUAUAUAGCUAUAGCAUCAUACGUGCACUCGUGCAGUGCCACUUAUUAACAACUAGUUAAUUAAGCGAAUCACCAGUCGAAAUUGAUGGAAGACGGCGUCCGGAUCGUGUCGCGGCGCAUGGUCCGGCCGGCGCCGGAGCACGCCGGCGGGAAUGGGAUCCCGGGGCCUGACACGGUGCACCACCUCACGCCAUUGGAUCUCCGUAUGAUCACCGUCGACUACAUCCAGAAGGGCGUCCUCCUCCCCAGGCCUCCCGGCAGAGGUGAGCACGUCGUCGAACACCUCGCAACGUCGUUCGCUCGCGCGCUGGCCCGCUUCUACCCGCUCGCCGGCCGCCUCGCCGUCGCCGGCGACGCGUCGGCUACUGGUGUUCCGAGCAUCUCCAUCUCGCUCUGCUGCAACGGCGAGGGGGCGGAGUUCGUCCACGCCGCGGCGCCCGGCGUCGCCGCCGCCGACGUCACCGGCUCGCUCCACGUCCCGCGGGUGGUGUGGUCGUUCUUCCCGCUCAACGGCAUUCUUAGCGUGGACGCCGCCUCGGACUCCCGCCCUGUCCUUGCCGCGCAGGUCACCGAGCUCGCUGACGGCAUGUUUGUGGCGCUGUCGCUGAACCACGGCGUCGCCGACGGGUUCUCCUUCUGGCACUUCUUCCACACCUGGUCGGAGAUCAGCCGCAGCGGCGACGACGCCGAGCGGGAGCUCUCCACGCCGCCGCCGGUGUUCGACAGAUGGUUCGCGUACGGCUCCCCCGUGCCGAUCCCUCUACCCUUCGCCAAGCUGGACGACAUGAUCCGCCGGCCUGUGUACACGCCGGUGGACGAAUGCUUCCUCCAUUUAUCAGCGGAGAGCGUGAGGGCUCUGAAAGAGAAGGCCAACGCCGAGAUGGCCGGAGCCGCCACGGCCACCAUCUCCUCGCUCCAGUCGGUGCUCGCCCACGUCUGGCGAGCCGUGUGCCGCGCGCGCCGCGUCGCGCCGGAGCUGGAGGCGCACUACGGCAUCUCCGUGGGGUGGCGAGCACGGCUCAAGGAGGUGCCGCAAGAGUACAUGGGCAACACGGUGGCGGGGGCCUCCGCAAAGGCCACCGUCGGCGAGAUCCUGGGCAAGGGGCUGGGCUGGACGGCGUGGCAGCUCAACCGCGCCGUGGCGUCGACCGACGAGGGGAGCGUGAGGCGCAUGGUGGCGGCGUGGCCGGAGAAGCCGAGCUUCAUGAUGGUGAACGCGCUGCAGAGGAGGCCCGCCGGCGCGCUGGGAAUCUCAGGCUCGCCGCGGUUCGACGUGUACGGCAACGACUUCGGGUGGGGGAGGCCGGUGGGCGUGCGGAGCGGCGGCGGGAACAAGCUCGACGGGAAGAUGACGGUGUACGAGGGCCACGGCGGCGGCGGGAGCAUGGCGCUGGAGAUCUGCCUGGAACCGGCGGCGCUCGCGAGGCUCGUCGCCGACGAGGAGUUCAUGGGCGCGGUGACUGCGCCGGCACAUUGAGUGAGCGUGUGCUACACCGACAUGCAGUGCCAAUUUAAUCUAUCAAUUACUACGUUUUUAAAUUACCUUUUACUCUAUCUGGAAUAUGAUUUGUUUAAAUAUCAAAAAUUCUAA